UAAAAGAAUUUCCUAAAAAAUUAUGUUAAGCUCUAACUAUAAAUAUGAUUGCUCACGGGAGAAAGAUAAAACUUUCCCUUAAGAGUUUAUUUAGGGAUCUUAGUUUCUUAUCACAAAUCCCACCAAACUUCAUUCUUUGCAGCCGUUAAUUUUCUUUCUAAUUGUUGCGUGCAAUUGUGCAAAGAGUAAAUCGAAACGACCUAACAACAAUGGCGACAGCUUCAGUUGGUUUUAAGUCUAGGGAAGAUCGUAGGAAGCAAAACGAAUUAGAGGAAGCUCGUAAAGCAGGGCUUGCUCCACCUGAGGUAGACAAGGAUGGAAAGGUAAUCAAUCCUCACACACCUCAGUUUUUGUCAAAAGUUCCAUGGUAUACCAAGUCUAAUUCUGAAAACCCGAGUCUGGAGCAUCAAAAGAAUUGGAAAACCGAAACCGUUUCCACAAAAACAUACUAUCAAAGAUGUGCCAAGAUUGACCAAGCCGAGAAAUAUUGCAAGGGAGCUUGUCAGAGCUGUGGUGCAAUGACGCAUGAUGUUAAAACAUGUAUGGAUAGACCUCGCAAGGUUGGAGCGAAAUACACAGACAAGAACAUUGCACCUGAUGAGAAAAUCGAGAGUAUUAUAUUGGACUACGAUGGUAAGAGGGACCGAUGGAACGGUUAUGAUCCUUCGAACUACCGUUUUGUGAUGGAUCUGUUUGACGCGAAAGAGGCUGCACGAAAGAAGUACCUCAAGGAGCAGCACCUUAAGAAACUAGAGGAGAAGAACAAUAACGAUGCAACAAGUGAUAGAGAGGAAGAAGACGACGACUUAAGGGUUGAUGAAGUUAAGCUUGAUAAGGAUUUUGCUAAGGUUACAAAACGUGUUCGUACGACUGAUGGUGGUAGCACAGGAACUGUAAGGAAUCUGCGUAUCAGAGAAGACACUGCAAAAUACUUGGUGAACCUUGAUGUGAACUCAGCUUAUUACGACCCUAAAUCUCGAUCCAUGCGUGAAGAUCCGCUCCCGGAUGCAGAUCCGAAUGAUAACUUUUGUUUAGGAGAUAACCAAUAUAGAAAAAGUGGCCAAACUCUGGAGUUCAAACAGCUAAACACCUAUUCAUGUGAAGCUUUUGAAAAAGGACAGGACAUGCAUAUGCAAGCGGCUCCUUCCCAAGCUGAGUUGGUUUAUAAGAGGGUUAAGGUUGCAAAGGAGAACCAGAAAUCUCAGAGAAAGGACGCAAUCAUGGCAAAGUACGGGAAUGCAGCAGCUACAAAAGAUGACAUCCCAAUGGAGCUUUUGCUUGGACAAAGUGAAAGACAAGUCGAGUAUGACCGGGCAGGCCGGAGGCUUAUAAAGAGAGUUCACUAG